AUGGGUGCUCUCAGAAUUCGUAAGCAAACAAUGUGGUCGGAUUUGCCUGAUCAUUUGAUGGAGAGAAUACUGGAAUGCCUUCCAGUGGACUGCUUCUUCCGUUUCAGGGCUGUUUGCAAGACCUGGAAUACUCUCUUCUCAUCACCUCACUUCAAUUCCAUAGCCAGAAAUAGUCAGCCAUUUCUCAUUCUUUGCCCUGCCAAAACCCAAUUGCCCUCGCUAAUCUAUUCCUUCAUCACCCACACUUGGCGAACCAUAUCUUUAUCUUUCAUACCUCAUGAUUGCCCCAUCAAUUUCAGAGGAUCUGCUUCCGGGUUGCUCUUGGCAGACAUUAACGCCAAUGUUUUCUUUGGCUUUAAUUCUUCAAUGCUAUGUGUUUGCAAUCCUCUUACCCAAACGUACACCACGCUGCCACAGAUGGUUUUUGUGAGUAGAAUUAUGGCCAAGGCAAUUUUACCAGCGGGUAAUAAGACGGAAGAAUAUACAGUCAUGGUGGUGGGCAGGAGCAGCAGUGAUAAGGUUAUAGUAGAAGCAUACAAUUCUACGACCAAGACAUGGAAAGUUGCAGGCAGCAUUCCUGAUGUGAUUAUAAGAAACGAAAACAUGUUCUUCUGUAAGGGCUCUUUGUUCUGUGUGACUGCCACUGGCGGCAUAAUGGCCUACAAUAUUGAACAGGAGAUCACCACAAUUAUGGCCAUGCCCACAGCAGACGCCGAAAAUUUGUCGAUUCGGCUUGUUUGUUGUAAGACUGGUGUUUUUGUGGUUGGGGCAACCGAAGAUAAUCACUGUUUGAAAGGCGUAAUUAUGUGGGAGUUAGUUUCUCCCAAGACGUCAAUGGAGGACUACAAGUGGGAAGAGAUUGGGAAAAUGCCCAGCUCUGUGUGUGAGGAAUUUAGGAGGAGCUCUAAUUCAAAUUGGUUUGAGUGUGUGGGAAUGGGAGAUAAGAUCUGUUUCAGAGCUAAUGAGAGCAUGGAGAUACUUGUGUAUGAUUUGAACAAAAGCUCUUGGAAUUGGCUGCCCAAGUUUCCUGCAGAUUUGAGAUAUGUGAGCAUGAGAUGCCUUCCACUAGAAAUUAUGACUGGUACUGAAUUCUCUUAA